AUGCGCCAACUCACAGAAAAAGAAACCCAAACACUUUUCGCGAAGCUCGCCAAUUACACGGGCAGCUCCCUCAAGAACCUCAUCACGCCUCUAGGCGAAGGACCCAAUGCCGACCGCUUCGUGUUCCGACUUCACAAGGACCGAGUAUACUACGUGCGCCUGUCAAUUGCGAACAUUGCUACUUCGAUAGCGAGGGACAAGUUUAUUUCCAUGGGCGUGUGCCUCGGCAAGUUCACCAAAACCGGAAAAUUCAGACUCCACAUAACAGCCCUCCCCGUCCUCGCCGAACACGCCCGCUACAAGAUCUGGGUCAAGCCCAACGGCGAGAUGCCCUUCCUCUACGGCGGCAACAUCGUGAAAGCCCACGUUGGUCGCUGGUCCGAUGACUGCCCCGAGCACCAGGGCGUUGUGGUCUACAACAUGAACGACGUUCCCCUCGGUUUCGGUAUUACUGCAAGGAGCACGACGGAGGCGAGGAGGCUGGACCCUACGGGUAUUGUGUGCUUUAGGCAGGCGGAUUGCGGGGAGUACUUGAGAGACGAAGCGAAUUUGUUUGCGACAGGUUGA